CCCUUUCCCGUAGGCGGUGACAGAGAAAACUGGGGCUGUGAUGGCCAGAAGCACCCAAUCAAAAUCUACUCGUCUUAUAUACUAUAGCAAGGAAGGGCAUAUUUCCUCGAACAAUCUGGCUAUUUGAACCGUGGCGGAGGGGCUGCGACUGAGGAUCCGCCGUACAAAUUGGGGCUGUGAAAGCAGAGGUUUGGCUGCAAUUGACGACCUAAUCGGCGACGGCCGCCGGUUCGGCGUUCUGGAAAGACCUAGGUGGCCUGGUCGACCCAAAAGCACAUGGACCACCGGAAGCAACCCAAGGAUUCUCUCUCCUACUCCAACCUUUUCAAUCUUGAGUCUUUGAUGAACUUUCAAGUUCCCCGACCGGAUGACGAUUUCGAUUAUUAUGGAAAUAGUAGUCAGGAUGAGAGCAGAGGUAGCCAAGAUGGAGCUGUAGGUAAUGGGAUGAUGUCUGACAGAGAACUGAGUUCAGUGAAAAAAAGAAGGCGAUCCCAAAAUAGUGACUACGAGGACGAUGACAGUUAUUACGGGACACGCAUUACAGAGGAAAGGUAUCGAUCAAUGCUUGGAGAACACAUCCAGAAGUACAAAAGGAGGUUCAAGGAUUCCUCGUCGAGUCCUGCACCAAUUCAGACGGGGAUUCCAGUUCCAAAGAGUAAUAAGGGUUUAAAAUCAAGGAAACUGGGCAAUGAGCACCGGGGAGGGAUAUAUGAAAUGGAAACCUCAUCAGAGUGGCUCAAUGAUUCUAAUCCUCAAAAACCCGGGAACCACCAUGAUGGAGAUUUGGUACCACAACGUGGCACCGAUAGAAUAAUCUAUGAACCUCCUUAUCUGGAUAUAGGAGACGGUAUCACUUACAGGAUUCCACCAAUUUACGAUAAGCUGGUGUCGUCUUUGCACUUACCGAGCUUUUCAGAUUUUCGGGUGGAGGAAGUUUACUUAAGAGGCACAUUGGACUUGGGAUCCUUGGCAGAAAUGAUGACUAGUGACAAAAGGUUGGGUCCUAAAAACCAGGCAGGGAUGGGUGAUCCCCAUCCCCAGUAUGAAUCCCUUCAAGCUAGACUAAAGGCAUCGUCCACUUCAAAUUCAGCCCAAAAGUUCAGCCUCAAGGUCUCUGAUAUUGGGUUAAACUCUUCCAUCCCAGAGGGUGCAGCUGGAAAUAUAAAGAGAUCUAUUUUGUCUGAAGGUGGAGUUUUACAGGUCUACUAUGUGAAAGUUUUGGAGAAAGGAGACACGUAUGAGAUCAUUGAAAGAAGUCUACCGAAGAAGCAAAAGGUUAUUAAAGACCCUUCUGUGAUUGAGAAGGAGGAAAUGGACAAGAUUGGGAAAGUUUGGGUAAACAUAGUAAGAAGAGACAUGCCAAGGCAUCAUAGGAUUUUUUCAAAUUUUCACCAGAGGCAACUAGGUUAUGCCAAGAGGGUCUCAGAGAACUGUCAAAGAGAGGUGAAAUUGAAGGUCAGUAGAUCUCUUAAACUGAUGAGGGGUGCCGCAAUUCGUACAAGGAAACUAGCCAGAGAUAUGCUACUAUUUUGGAAGAGAAUAGAUAAAGAGAUGGCGGAAGUGAGGAAAAAAGAGGAGAAAGAAGCAGCUGAAGCUUUGAGGCGCGAACAGGAGCUUCGAGAAGCAAAGAGACAGCAGCAAAGGCUCAAUUUUCUUAUACAACAGACGGAACUUUACAGUCACUUUAUGCAGAACAAGUCAAGUUCACAGCCGUCAGAAGAUCUGCCUGUUGGUGAUGGAAAAAAAAUGGAGGAAAAAGCAUCUUUAAGCUCCUCAGAUGAUGAAGCUAAUGAGGAAGAAGACCCUGAGGAAGCUGAACUGAAGAAGGAGGCUUUUAAAGCAGCUCAAGAUGCAGUUUCAAAGCAGAAAAAGAUAACUAGUGAAUUUGAUAAUGAGUAUUUGAAGCUAUGUGAAGAUGCUGAACCUGAGGCAGCACAUGAUGUUGCUGGAGCUAGUAGCAUAGAUCUACAUAACCCUUCCACAAUGCCUGUAACAUCAACUGUUCAGACACCGGAGUUGUUCAAAGGAUCCCUUAAAGAAUAUCAGCUGAAAGGCCUCCAGUGGUUGGUUAAUUGCUAUGAGCAGGGUUUAAAUGGCAUCCUUGCUGAUGAGAUGGGCCUAGGAAAGACCAUCCAGGCCAUGGCAUUUUUGGCUCAUUUGGCUGAGGAGAAAAAUAUUUGGGGGCCUUUUCUGGUUGUUGCUCCUGCCUCUGUCUUGAACAACUGGGCAGAUGAAAUUAGUCGUUUCUGCCCUGACUUAAAAACUCUUCCAUACUGGGGAGGACUUAACGAGCGUCAGGUACUUAGGAAAAAGAUCACUGCUAAAAAACUUUACCGCAGGGAUGCUGGAUUUCAUAUUCUCAUUACCAGCUACCAGCUGCUAGUGGCUGAUGAAAAGUAUUUUAAACGUGUGAAAUGGCAGUAUAUGGUAUUAGAUGAAGCCCAAGCAAUCAAAAGUUCUAACAGCAUAAGAUGGAAGACACUUCUAGGCUUUAAUUGUCGAAAUCGUUUGCUACUUACCGGUACACCUAUCCAAAAUAAUAUGGCAGAGUUGUGGGCUCUACUACAUUUCAUUAUGCCAACGUUGUUUGACAGCCAUGAACAAUUCAAUGAGUGGUUUUCAAAAGGAAUUGAGAACCAUGCGGAACAUGGGGGUACUUUGAAUGAGCACCAGCUUAACAGAUUGCAUUCCAUUUUAAAGCCAUUCAUGCUGCGCCGAGUUAAAACAGAUGUGGUUUCUGAGCUGACCAGGAAAACUGAGGUUACCGUGCACUGCAAGUUGAGCUCUCGGCAACAAGAUUUUUAUCAAGCUAUCAAGAACAAAAUAUCUCUUGCUGAGUUGUUUGACAGCAAUCGCGGUCAUCUUAAUGAGAAGAAAAUUUUGAAUUUGAUGAAUAUUGUCAUUCAGCUGAGAAAGGUCUGCAACCAUCCUGAGUUAUUUGAGAGGAAUGAAGGAAGUACAUAUCUGUACUUUAGUGAGAUACCAAAUUCUCUUCUAGCUCCUCCAUUUGGGGAGUUGGAGGACGUGCACUACUCAGGAGGUCAAAAUCCUAUAACAUAUUCGAUCCCUAAACUUUUCUAUCAAGAAAUUCUCCAGAGCUCUGAAACUUUGUGCUCAGCAGUUCAACAUGGUGUUUACAAAGAAUCUUUUGAGAAAUAUUUUAACAUAUUUUCACCGGGAAAUGUUUAUCAAUCGACACUCUUGCAAGAGAAUAGCUCAUCUGUUGGAAGUGGAACUUUUGGCUUUACUCGUAUGAUGGAUCUGUCCCCUGCUGAGGUGGCAUUUCUAGGAACUGGUUCUUUUAUGGAGCGACUGAUGUUUUCCAUUGUGAGAUGGGACCGACAAUUUUUGGAUGGGAUUGUGGACUCACUAAUGGAAACCAUGAAUAAUGAUUCUGAAUGCAGUUAUCUUGAGAGUGGAAAAGUGAGAGCUGUUACACGAAUGUUGUUGAUGCCUUCAAGAUCUGUAACUAACUUUCUUCAAAAGAAAUUGGCUACAGGCCCUGGUGAUGAUCCAUUCGAGGCUUUAGUUGUCUCUCAUAGUGACAGGCUACUCUCUAACACUAGGCUUCUUCAUUCAGCAUACACAUUCAUCCCACGAACUAGAGCUCCCCCGGUCAAUGCCCAUUGCUCAGACAGAAACUUUGCUUACAAAAUAAUUGAAGAACUACAAUACCCUUGGGUGAAGAGGUUGUUUACUGGGUUUGCACGCACAUCUGACUUUAAUGGACCCAGAAAACCUGAGACUCCACAUCAUUUAAUUCAAGAGAUUGAUUCUGAACUGACUGUUUCAUGUCCGGCUCUUCAGUUAACGUACAAGAUUUUUGGUUCUUGUCCUCCUAUGCAAAGCUUUGACCCAGCAAAAUUGCUCACCGAUUCUGGGAAACUUCAGACGCUUGAUAUACUGUUGAAACGCUUGAGGGCGGACAACCAUCGUGUUCUCUUGUUUGCUCAAAUGACAAAGAUGCUGAAUAUUCUUGAGGACUACAUGAACUACAGGAAAUAUAAAUACUUACGACUUGAUGGAUCUUCCACCAUUAUGGAUCGGCGAGACAUGGUCAGAGACUUUCAGCAACGGAGUGAUAUUUUUGUGUUCUUGUUGAGUACAAGAGCUGGUGGACUUGGCAUUAACUUGACAGCGGCUGAUACUGUCAUAUUUUAUGAAAGUGAUUGGAAUCCAACCCUGGAUCUACAGGCAAUGGAUAGAGCUCAUCGGCUGGGUCAGACAAAAGAUGUCACCGUGUACCGACUUAUUUGUAAAGAAACAGUUGAAGAGAAGAUCCUGCAAAGAGCAAGUCAGAAAAAUACUGUCCAGCAGCUUGUAAUGAUGGGUGGUCAUGUUCAGGGUGAUAUUUUGGCUCCUGAGGAUGUUGUAUCUUUACUUCUGGAUGAUGCUCAGUUGGAGCAGAAAUUAAGAGAAAUUCCGUUACAGGUUAAGGAUAGACAAAAGAAGAAACAAACAAAGGGUAUACGAGUGGAUGCAGAAGGUGAUGCCUCUUUAGAAGAUUUAACAAACCCUGCAUCUGCGCCUCAGGGAACCGGAUAUGAGGACUCUCCAGAUAUGGAAAAAGCAAAAUCUAAUAAUAAAAAGAGGAAAGUGGCAACGGGCAAGCAAACUACAAGGCCGAAGAAUUCACAAAGCAUGGACGAACUUGAUUCAUAUGAAUUGGAUGAUACCUUACCAAAUACUGAUCCACAAGCUACGAAACCCAAGAGGCCGAAGAGGUCAAAGAAGAGUGUGAACGAAAAUCUUGAGCCGGCAUUUACUGCAGUUUCGGAACAGACCCAGUAUCCACCACGGAGUUAGUUUGGAUCUGGUAGUUGCAGAGCAGAACCCAGGCAAAAGAUAUCGCAAUUACAAGGGCAGUCCAUUUGGCCCCGUUGUGGCUGGAAACGACGGGACCAUAGUUACAGAAAACAAAGCCAGAGCUGUAUGAUGUUUGUACAAUAUAUUCAUAAUAUGUUCAGGGUUGAGUGGCCUUCAAAUUGUAAGAUGGGGAAGGGUUGUAUCUUCUUUUGCACACCUUAAGCAGCAGUAAUUUAUGCACACCUUCACUUUUGCCUCGACUCCAGCCGAGUUGAUUCUCUUCCAGCACCGUGGCUCCCAGCCACGUUGUCCCACGCCUCGAGUCUAACCGAGCCAUUCCACUUAGUCAAGCACGGCUCCAGCAGAAAAAGAAAAAAAAGAAGGAAUAUUUUUUUUUCUUACCUUUGGCGCGGCAAGGAGAAAAAGACAACAGCGAUAAACUCUUCGCAGGCAAGCAAAGAAGACGACCAGGGGAUGGGGAACAGUUUCCUUUGGGUUUCUCUUUCUUGUUGGGAGAAUAAUUGCUCUUUGGGUUUAUUUAAUCCUCUAAUUAGUCUAAAAUAAGUUCUCGAGGCA